AUGGAGGAAUCCCGUUUGAGACUCCAGAUCCAACUUUUGAGAGAUGAAUUAAACAAGAUGACGACUUUAGCACAAAUAUGCCUUGGGAGGCAAAUAACGCCUCUUGACCUAUCAAACUCGGCUCUGAUUGGACAAGGUCAUAGUAACUACCACAACUCGAUUGGAAAGUUACCUUUUCUCGAUCUAGCUGAGAAAGCAAUGAAUGAAUUGACCAUUUUAGUUAAUGUAAACAAUCCUCUAUGGAUAGAAAUCGUAGGCGAAGGAGGAGGAGUUAUGGAAUCUCUAAACCUCGGAGAGUACGUCAAGUUGUUCGCUCCUUGUUUAGAAAUUAAACCCGACAACAAUUCUACCCAUUAUGCCACCAGGGCGUCUGGCAUUAUUGCCGCCAACAGCUCCACAAUCCUCAGGGCAUUGAUGGAUGAAAAUCAAUGGUCAUAUUUAUUUCAAACCAUAAUUGGUACGAGUGCACUUAUAGAUAUAAUUCAAGAAGACAAUGGAACAAACUUGAAAAUGAUGUACGCUGAGCUGCAAGCGCUAUCGUCUUUGAUUCCUGUUCGGAAAGUAAAAUUUAUUCGAUUCAGCAGACAGGUUGCAGAGGGAGUAUGGGGAAUGGUGGAUGUAUCUGUUGAAAAUUCCCAUGAUAUUUCGGAAAUAAAUCCAAUUAUAAAUUGUAGGAGGUUCCCUUCUGGAUGUAUUGUGCAAGAUAUGCCCAAUGGUGGCUCCAAGGUAACUUGGGUGGAGCAUUUGGACUUUGAAGAGAACGAGUUCAAUCAUCCAUUAGGAGUCAUGUGUUGCAGUUCGUCUUUUGGUGCUCAAAGGUGGCUUGGUUCACUUAAGAGACAAUGCCUAUGCUUGGCGAUUAUAACUUCUCCUCUUGAUCGAAUUAGCGGGAUGGUUAAUCAGUCCAGGAAGAGAAGCAUGGCUAAUAUGGCUCAUAGAAUGGUAGUCCAAGUAGGGGAAACAAUGGUGACUAUACGCAAUAAUAAUCCGGGUGAGCCAACCGGGGUGGUGCUGAGUGCCUCAAAGUCGUUCUGCAUGCCCAUUUCCCAUCAAUCUCUGUUUAAUUUCCUAAGCCACAAACAUACAAGGGAUGGUGAGUUGAUGGAGGUUCAUUCCACCAUACCAAUAAUGCGAGAGUUGGUUAGAAUCGACAAGAACAAUGGAGACCAUCUCAACCGUGUCUCUUUUCUUGUCACCAAGGUUUUACAUGGUAACAAUCAAAAUUCUGUUCCUAUACUGCAAGAGACUCAAUCAGAUGGGUCGGGGUCAUUGUUAGUAUAUGCGCAAGUGACCUUAGAGGGGAUGCAGACCGUGAUGGAGGGCCGGGAUUCGAGUUUGGUGGAAAUACUUCCGUCAGGAUUUUCCAUCAUCCCGAAUACCAAACUUCUCGAUUGUCCUACAUGGGUCAUUGCUUAUAUAAUUCUGUUUGAAGCUUCGUGGUUGAAGCAAAACUUUGAAUAUCUUGAUUGUUUAUGUCCUGGAGAGGCUUUUUGCACAAAAUGUGCAGUUACACAGUUGGAGUUGCAAAACUCAGGAGCUUCAAGUUAUUAUGACAAAAAUGGCUAUGGAAAUCACCCAAAGACAUUGCAGACGGCAAAGGAGAAUUUUGAGUUAGCCCUGGAGAAAUAUGUCCUUAUCAAAGUUUUCUUUGUGUUGGAACAUAAUAAAUAUGUCCAGUCGGGUCGUCAAGAAUUCUAUUUGGAGAAGGCUGUUGAUAAGGAUCCAGAGUUUUAUCUGAGCUUGAAAAAGGACAAUUUGUGUGACUCCAGAUCCCGUUUGAAACGCUAUGGAGGAAUCCCGUUUGAGACUCCAGAUCCAACUUUUGAGAGAUGA